AACAUAUUGUGCUGCUUUUUGCAUCCAAUGAUCCCCUCAAUCAUGCCAUUUUAUAUACUUCUUCUUCUCCUCUCUGCCUCCUCUGCAACUCCACCACCUUACGUUAAACCCUCUCCCUCUCCCUCUCUCUCUCUGUCAAACAAGUACACGAAAAUGGCUUCCUCUUCUUCUUGUUCUUCCAAGUCAACUCUUCUCUACCUUGGUUCUGUCCUUCUAUGUCUGAUGAUCCCUUGCUGUUUUUCUCAAUCCAUGCCCACUUACGACCAAUCCCACUUCUUCACUCUCAUGAAGGCAAGCUUUCCAGGGAAUCCCCUUUCUGACUGGGACCUCAAUGGAGGAUCAGGAGCCUUCUGCAACUUCACCGGAAUCACCUGCAACGGCCUUGGGCAGGUGAUCGAGUUCGAUGUCACCGGUCGGUCCCUCUCCGGCCAGUUCCCAUCUGAUAUCUGCCCUUACCUGCCCGAGCUGCGGGCGCUCCGUCUUGGCUUUAAUAAAAUCCGGGGGAGCUUCCUAAGCAGCCUGAUGAACUGCUCCCUCCUUGAAGAGCUGAACCUGACCCACAUAUACCUCCCCGGGCCGGUCCCUGAUCUCUCCCCUCUGAAGUCCCUCAGGAUCCUCGAUAUGUCGUACAAUCUCUUCAGCGGGGAAUUUCCUAUUUCAGUCACGAACCUCACCAACCUUGAGGUGCUCAAUUUCAACGAGAACGGGGAAUUUAAAUUAUGGGAGAUUCCUGAAAACAUUUCUCGACUCGGGAAACUGAAGACGAUGAUACUCACCACUUGCAAGCUCAAAGGGAAGAUCCCUCCAUCAAUUGGAAAUAUGACAUCGCUUGUUGAUUUGGAAUUGAGCGGGAAUUACCUAAGGGGCAAGAUUCCUAAAGAGAUCGGGAACCUGAGGAACUUGCUGGGGCUCGAGCUCUACUACAAUAACCUCGUGGGCAGCAUCCCUGAGGAGCUUGGGAACCUGACCGAGCUCCGGGAUUUGGACAUGUCUGUGAACCAGCUGACUGGGGAAAUCCCUGAGUCGAUAUGCCGGCUUCCUCACCUGGAAGUCCUCCAGCUCUAUAACAACAGUCUCUCAGGGGAAAUCCCGAGCUCCAUUGAGAACUCAACCAGCUUAGUUAUCCUGUCUCUCUACAUCAACUACCUCUCAGGAGAAGUUCCUAGGAAUCUCGGGCAGUACUCGAACAUGAUCGAGUUGGAGCUGUCGGAGAACCACCUCUCAGGUCCCCUUCCCACUGCAGUCUGCAGGGGAGGCAAGUUGAUGUACUUCCUAGUCCUGAAGAACGCGUUCUCUGGCCCAAUCCCUUCCAGUUAUGCCAACUGCCUGACUCUGUUACGGUUCCGGGUUAGUUAUAACCACCUCGAAGGUUCAAUACCAGAGGGGAUCCUAGGCCUGCCCCAUGUCUCGAUAAUAGAUUUGAGUUACAAUAAUCUGAGCGGCCCGAUCUCAAGGACAAUUGGGAACGCGAAGAACCUCUCGGAGCUGUUCAUGGAAAACAACAACAUCUCCGGUGUAUUACCUUCUGAAAUUUCCAGAGCAACGAAUCUUGUGAAGAUUGAUCUCAGCAGCAACAUGCUCACGGGCCCUAUUCCUUCAGAGAUUGGCACCCUGAGGAAGCUAAACUUGCUCAUGCUUCAGAACAACAGGUUCAACUCUUUGAUCCCGAGCUCCCUUUCCUCGCUCAAGGCGCUUAACGUUCUUGAUGUCUCGAACAACCUUCUUUCUGGGAAAAUCCCAGAGAGCCUGUGCGAGCUAUUGCCCAACUCCAUCAACUUCUCGAACAAUCGCCUCUCAGGUCCAGUUCCUCUGUCUCUCAUAAGAGGAGGGCUAGUGGAAAGUUUUGCUGGAAAUCCAGGGCUUUGUGUCUCUGUCUACCUCGACUCAUCAGACAAGCCAUUUCCAGUCUGUCCUCAUAAUGACCCCCGAAGGAAGCUUAAUUCCUUCUGGGCAAUCGGAAUUUCUGCUGCCAUCAUUAUUCUUGGGGCAGUGUUAUUCUUUAAACGGCGGUACAGCAGGGAGAGGGCCAUAAUGGAGCACGACGAGUCGAUGUCUUCAUUGUUCUUCUCGUAUGACAUAAAGAGCUUCCACCGAAUAAGUUUCGACCAGAAGGAGAUCACUGAGGCGAUGAUUGACAAGAAUAUUGUGGGCCGUGGAGGGUCCGGCACCGUCUACAAGAUUGAGCUGAGCAGCGGAGAAGUAGUGGCUGUCAAGAAGCUGUCGGGCCAAUCAGCCAAGAAAGGUUUCAUCUCCGAGGACCACAACCCACACCCGAUCCUAGACAAGGGGUUGAAGACUGAGGUGGAGACCUUGGGGAGCAUUCGGCACAAGAACAUUGUUAAGCUCUACUGCUACUUCUCGAGCUUGGACUGCAGCCUUCUUGUAUAUGAGUACAUGCCCAAUGGGAACUUAUACGAUGCUCUACACAAAGGGUUCGUGCAUCUUGACUGGCCUACAAGGCAUCGCAUCGCGCUUGGGAUUGCACAGGGACUGGCAUACCUCCACCACGAUCUGCUACCGGCCAUAAUUCACCGAGACAUUAAAUCAACCAACAUUUUGCUCAACGUGAAUUAUCAGCCGAAAGUUGCAGAUUUUGGGAUUGCCAAGGUCCUCCGAGCACGAGGAGGCAAGGACUCGACCACCACUGUCAUUGCAGGGACGUACGGCUACCUCGCACCAGAGUAUGCGUACUCAUCCAAAGCAACAACCAAGUGCGAUGUCUACAGCUUCGGAGUUGUCCUAAUGGAGCUGGUGACCGGGAAGAAGCCGGUGGAGACCGAGUUUGGCGAGAGUAAGAACAUAAUAUACUGGAUCUCCUCCAAGGUGGACAGCAAGGAAGGGACCAUGGAGGUUCUUGACAAGCGAUUGUCAGGCUCGUUCAAGGACGAGAUGGUUCAGGUGCUCCGCAUUGCCGUAAUGUGCACCUACGCCAACCCCGCCCUUCGCCCGACGAUGAAUGAAGUCGUCCAGCAGCUGAUCGAGGCCGACCCCGACAGGUUCGAGUUGACCAAGUCGUCGAGCAAAACCAAGGAGUUGCCGAGCCCCAAGAAAACGAAGAAACCACCCGAGGUGUGAUCGAAACAAGGAGUUCACGGGGGGUUUCUGGCGAAGGGACGUCAUAAUCUAGCGUCUAAUACUAUACUAAUACUAUACGAAUACUAUAUUCUGUAGACAAGUACGGUCUCCAUAAAAUUAUUGGGAGACUUCCAUAAAGCGGCUUGUAGAUUCUGCCUCAACUAGAAAAUUUUCCCUUUUUCUUUUAUAAUUUUGUAUUUCCUCUUGGCCCAUGUAAAAUAGUGAAGAAUUUUAAUUGACUACGACUGCUUUGUUAUAACGCGAGACAUCUAUUUAAGAUUUAA